UUCGUCCUGGUGUCACCCGCGCCGGUCGAUACUGCGGCGAAACUAUCCAACAUCUACAUGAAGCUUUCCGAAAAAGAAAAGGAGCGCGCAAAGGAUUUAAUUGCGGCUGGGAAACAGUGCGAGGCAAUGGCCACCGAGUUACUAGCUCUGGCGGCGGGCGCCGACUCGGCCGGCAGGAUCUUGACGUCGAUGGAUCGCAGGAAUGUCGAGUUCCUGGACGUGUUAAUUGAGAACGAACAGAAAGAGGUGAUCGCGCACACCGUGGUGCAACGCUACCUGCAAGAGCUGUGGCAGGGUAGCCUGAAUUGGAACGCGUUCAGGACGAUCCUGCUGUUCAUCGCCUUCAUCGUGUGCCCGCCGGUCUGGGUGGUGUUCGCCCUUCCGCUCGGGCACAGGUACAAUAACGUGCCUAUCAUCAAGAUCGUAUAA